AUGCAUGUAGCAGAGCUGCUGGUUUCUCACGGUGCCAGUCUCAAUGCCAAGACCUUCUUAGAGGAGACUCCCAUUGGUAAGUCUGCCCCAACCCUAAACCCUACCUACCUACAUAACCCUAACUACAUAACCCUAACCCUACCUACAUAACCCUAACCCUACAUAACAUUACCUACAUAACCCUAACCCUACCUACAUAACCCUAACCCUACAUAACAUUACCUACAUAACCCUAACCCUACAUAACAUUACCUACAUAACCCUACCUACAUAACUCUAACCCUACCUACAUAACCCUACCUACAUAACCCUAACCCUACCUACAAUGCAAAUAGUCUGGGUAGCCAUUUGAUUAGAUGUUCAGGAGUCUCAUGGCUUGGGGGUAGAAGCUGUUUAGAAGCCUCUUGGACCUAGACUUGGCGCUCUGGUACCGCUUGCCGUGCGGUAGCAGUGAGAACAAUCUAUGACUAGGGUGGCUGGAGUCUUUGACAAUUUUUAGAGCCUUCCUCUGACAUAACCCUACCUACAUAACCCUACCUACAUAACCCUAACCCUGCCUACAUAACCCUAACCCUACCUACAUAACCCUACCUACAUAACCCUAACCCUGCCUACAUAACCCUAACCCUACCUACAUAACCCUACCUACAUAACCCUAACCCUACCUACAUAACCCUAACCCUAUCUACAUAACCCUAACCCUACCUACAUAACCCUAACCCUACCUGCCUACAGAACCCUACCUAGAUAACCCUAACCCUACCUACAUAACCCUAACCCUACCUACAUAACCCUAACCCUACCUGCCUACAGAACCCUACCUACAUAACCCUAACCCUACCUACAUAACCCUAACCCUACCUAGAGGAGACUCCCAUUGGGGCAAGAUCAACACUACAGAGCAAAGGUUUUCAAACCUCUCCUUGUGGACCGCCAGACAUUUCACCAUUUUGUUGUAGCCUACCUUACCUGAUUCACCUAAUCAAGGGCUUGAUGAUUAGCUGAUAGGUUGAAUCAGGUGUGCUAGCUGUGGAAUAGUUCAAAUACAUAGAGGGGGUCCCCGAGGAGAGGUUUGAAAACCCCUGCCGUAAAGAACCUUAUGACAUCUCUAUUGUAUCUCUAUCGUCUGCCCCAACCUGCUGUUUAUCAUCAAUGAGAAGAUGAUGCUAUACUGUAGUGAAGGGGGAAAAAAUCUAUACAGUUACAUAUCGCGCUAUUAUUUUUGGACAAUAUUAUAUUGAUAUUUAAAUCCAAGUAUCCAUUUGUGUAUAUAUAUACACACUACCAGUCAAAAGUUUGGACACACCUACUCAUUCAAGGGUUUUUCUUUAUUUGUAAAAACAAAUUACAUUGUAGAAUAAUAGUGAAGACAUCGAAACUAUGAAAUAACACAUAUGGAAUCAUGUAGUAACCAAAAAAGUGUUAAACAAUUCAAAAUAUAUUUGAGGUUUGAGAUUCUUAAAAUAGCCACCCUUUGCCUUGAUGACAGCUUUGCACACUUUUGGCAUUCUCUUAACCAGCUUCAUGAGGUAGUCACCUGGAACCCAUUUCAAUUAACAGGUGUGCCUUCUUAAAAGUUAAUUUGUGGAAAUUAUUUCCUUCUUAAUGCGUUUGAGCCAAUCAGUUGGGUUGUGACAAGGUAAGGGGGGUAUACAGAAGAUAUCUCUAUUUGGUAAAAGACCAAGUCCAUAUUAUGGCAAGAAAAGCUCAAAUAAGCAAAAUGGAAUUACAGUCAAUCAUUACUUUAAGACAUGAAGGUCAAUACGGAAAAUGUCAAGAACUUUGAACGUUUCUUCAAGUGCAGUCGCAAAAACCAUCAAGCGCUAUGAUGAAACUGGCUCUCAUGAGGACCGCCACAGGAAUGGAAAACCCAGAGUUACCUCUGCUGCAGAGGAUAAGUUCAUUAGAGUUACCAGCCUCAGAAAUUGCACCCCAAAUAAAUGCUUCACAGAGUUCAAGUAACAGACACAUCUCAACAUCAACUGUUCAGAGGGGACUGUGUGAAUCAGGCCUUCAUGGUCGAAUUGCUUUAAAGAAACCACUACUAAAGGACACCAAUAAGAAGAAGAGACCUGCUUGGGCCAAGAAACACGAGCAAUGGACAUUGGCCUGGUGGAAGUGUGUCCUUUGGUCUGGAGUCCAAAUUGGAGAUUUUUGGUUCAAACCGCCGUGGCUUUGUGAGACACGGUGUGGGUGAACGAAUGAUCUCAGCAUGUGUAGUUCAAACCGUAAAGCAUGGAGGAGGAGGUGUUAUGGUGUGGGCGUGCUGUGAUUUAUUUAGAAUUCAAGGCAUACUUAACCAGCAUGGCUACCACAGCAUUCUGCAGCGAUACGCCAUCCCAUCUGGUUUGGGUUUAGUGGGACUAUCAUUUAUAUUUCAACAGGACAAUGACCCAACACUCCUCCAGGCUGUGUAUGGGCUAUUUUACCAAGAAGGAGAGGGAUGGAGUGCUGCAUCAGAUGACCUGGCCUCCACAAUCCCCCGACCUCAACCCAAUUGAGAUGGUUUGGGAUGAGUCGGACAGCAGAGUGAAGGAAAAGCAGCCAACAAGUGCUCGGCAUAUGUGGGAACUCCUUUCAAGACUGUUGGAAAAGCAUUCCAGGUGAAGCUGGUUGAGAGAAUGCCAAGAGUGUGCAAAGCUGUCAUCAAGGCAAAGGGUAGCUAUUUGAAGAAUCUCAAAUAUAAAACACUUUUUGGUUACUACAUGAUUCCAUAUGUGUUAUUUCAUAGUUUUGAUAUCUUCACUAUUAUUUAUACAAUGUAGAAAAUAGUAAAACUAAAGAAAAAACCCUUGAAUGAGUAGUGUUUUCCAAACUUUAGAUUGGUAGCUCGUGUUGUGUGUAUAUAUAUACAUAUAAGAAAUAAAUUACCCUGGUACAGAAAUGAGUAUGCCACAAUUUCUAUAAAACUGAGUGUAUUGUCCAAAUUUCAUAUUAGUGUAUGAAUUAAAUCUGUGUGUCUAUGCAAAAUGGGCCUUUCAUUCUGUUGAUCUGAAUACCUGUAACUACUUAGCACUGAUUAAUUGGAACACACAAUUGGUUUGGUGAGCUCAUUAAGCCUUGAACUUCAUAGACAAGUGCAUCCAAUCAUGAGAAAAGGUAUUUAAGGUGGCCAAUUGCAAGUUGUUGUUCUCCUUGACUCUCCUCUGAAGAGUGGCAACAUGGGGGCCUCAAAACAACUCUCAAAUGACCUGAAAACAAAGAUUGUUCAACAUUAUGGUUUAGGGGAAGGCUACAAAAAGCUAUCGCAGAGAUGUAAGCUGUCAGUGUCCACUGUGAGGAACAUAGUGAGGAACUGGAAGACCACAGGCACAGUUCUUGUUAAGGCCAGAAGUGGCAGGCCAAGUAAAAUAUCAGAGAGGCAAAGGCGAAGGAUGGUGAGAACAGUAAAAAACAGCUCACAGACCACCUCCAAAGACCUACAACAUCAUCUUGCUGCAGAUGGUGUCACUGUGCAUCGUUCAACAAUUCAGCGCACUUUGCACAAGGAGAAGCUGUACGGGAGAGUGAUGCGGAAGAAGCCUUUUCUGCACACACGCCACAAACAGAGUCGCUUGAGGUAUGCAAACGCACAUUUGGACAAGCCAGCUUCAUUUUGGAAUAAAGUGCUGUGGACUGAUUAACCAAAUAUUGAGUUAUUUGGUCAUAACAAGGGGCGUUAUUCAUGGCGGCAAAAGAACACAGCAUUCCAAGAAAAAUACUUGCCACCCACAGUAAAAUUUGGUGGGGGUUCCAUCAUGCUGUGGGGCUGUGUGGCCAGUGCCGGUACUGGGAAUCUUGUUAAAGUUGAGGGUCGCAUGGAUUCCACUCAAUAUCAGCAGAUUCUUGGGAAUAAUGUUGAAGAAUCAGUCACAAAGAUGAAGUUAUGCCGGGGCUGUAUAUUUCAACAAGACAACGACCCAAAACACUGCUCAAAAUCUACCUGGGCAUUUAUGCAGAGGAACAAGUACAAUGUUCUGGAAUGGCCAUCCCAGUCCCCAGACCUGAAUAUCAUUGAGAAUCUGUGGGAUGAUUUGAAACGACCUGUCCAUCCUCGGCAACCAUCAAACCUAACUGAAGUGGAGAUGUUUUGAAAGGAGGAAUGGUCCAAAAUACCUUCAUCCAGAAUCCAGACACUCAUUAGAGGCUAUAGGAAGCGUCUAGAGGCUGUUAUCUUAGCAAAAGGAGGCUCUACUAAAAAUUGAUGUGAUUUUUCUGUUGGGGUGCCCAAAUUUAUGCAGAUGUCUAAUUUUGUUUUGAUGCAUAUUGCACAUUUUCUGUUAAUCCAAUAAACCUAAUUUCACUACUGAAAUAUUACUGUGUCCAUCAGUUAUUUGAUAGAUCAAAAUGAAAUUGCUGAUCCAAACACCCAAUUAUUUAUAAAUGGAAAUCAUGGAAAUUGUCAGGGGUGCCCAAACUUUUUCAUACGACUGUAUACAGUCGUGGUCAAAAGUUUUGAGAAUGACACAAGUAUUGGUCUUCACAAAGUUUGCUGCUUCAGUGUUUUUAGAUAUUUUUGUCAGAUGUUACUAUGGUAUACUGUAGUAUAAUUACAAGCAUUCCAUAAGUGUCAAAGGCUUUUAUUGACAAUUACAUUACGUUUAUGCAAAGAGUCAAUAUUUGCAGUGUUGACCCUUCUUUUUCAAGACCUCUGCAAUCCGCCCUGGCAUGCUGUUAAUUAACUUCUGGGCCACAUCCUGACUGAUGGCAGCCCAUUCUUGCAUAAUCAAUGCUUGGAGUUUGUCAGAAUUUGUGGGGUUUUGUUUGUCCACCCGCCUCAUGAGGAUUGACCACAAGUUCUCAAUGGGAUUAUGGUCUGGGGAGUUUCCUGGCCAUGGACUCAAAAUGUCGAUGUUUUGUUCCCCAAGCCACUUAGUUAUCACUUUUGCCUUAUGGCAAGGUGCUUCAUCAUGCAGAAAAAACAUUGUUCGUCACCAAACUGUUCUUGGAUGGUUGAGAGAAGUUGCUCUUGGAGGAUGUGUUGGUAACAUUCUUCAUUCAUGGCUGUGUUCUUAGGCAAAAUUGUGAGUGAGCCCACUCCCUUAGCUGAGAAGCAACCCCACACAUGAAUGGUCUCAGGAUGCUUUACUGUUGGCAUGACACAGGACUGAUGGUAGCGCUCACCUUGUCUUCUCCGGACAAGCUUUUUCCGGAUGCCCCAAACAAUCGGAAAGGGGAUUCAUCAGAGAAAAUGACUUUACCCUAGUCCUCCGCAGUCCAAUCCCUGUCCCUGAUGUUUUUCCUGGAGAGAAGUGGCUUCCUCACUGCCCUUCUUGACACCAGGCCAUCCUCCAAAAGUCUUCGCCUCACUGUGCGUGCAGAUGCACUCACACCUGCCUGCUGCCAUUCCUGAGCAAGCUCUGCACUAGUGGUGCCCUGAUCCCACAGCUGAAUCAACUUUAGGAGAUGGUCCUGGCGCUUGUUGGACUUUCUUUGGUCGCCCUGAAGCCUUCUUCACAACAAUUGAACCUCUCUCCUUGAAGUUCUUGAUGAUCCGAUAAAUGGUUGAUUUAGGUGCAAUCUUACUAGCAGCAAUAUCCUUGCCUCUGAAGCCCUUUUUGUGCAAAGCAAUGAUGACGGCACGUGUUUCCUUGCAGGUAACCAUGGUUAACAGAGGAAGAACAAUGAUUUCAAGCACCACCCUCCUUUUAAAGCUUCCAGUCUGUUAUUUUAACUCAAUCAGCAUGACAGAGUGAUCUCCAGCCCUGUCCUCGUCAACACUCUCACCUGUGUUAACGAGAGAAUCACUGACAUGAUGUCAGCUGGUCUUUUUGUGGCAGGGUUGAAAUGCAGUGGAAAUGUUUUUUGGGGGAUUAAGUUCAUUUUCAUGGCAAAGAGGGACUUUGCAAUUAAUUGCAAUUCAUCUGAUCACUCUUCAUAACAUUCUGGAGUAUAUGCAAAUUGCCAUCAUAAAAACGGAGGCAGCAGACUUUGUGAAAAUUAAUAUUUGUGUCAUUCUCAAAACUUUUGACCACGACUGUAUAUAUAUAAUUUUUUUGCUAGUGUAUGUAGCAUUAGCUAGUGCCAGUCGGCUGUACCUGCGCCAAAACUCUGUUGUUAUUCAUCCUUUAGCUUGUUCUCCAUUUUAUAUAGUGAGCCAACAUGUUAUCAACACUUUUAUUUCCCUGACUGAUCCAAACUUUUUUUCUCAUGGCUCUCUCUUGUCUCUCUGCAGAAGACAUAUAGUGAGCAAUAUGUUUGGAACAUCAAAUCGCAAUAAAAUUGCAGUAUCGAAUCGCAAUACAUAUAGAAUCGCAAUACAUAUCGUAUCGCCACCUAAGUAUCGUGAUAAUAUCGUAUCGUGAGUUCCCUGGCAAUUCCCAUCCCUACUAUACUGUAUACAUGAUUGCUAUACUAGUGUCUAAAACACCAUGAAACCAACCCAUAGAGUUGUGGAAACUGAGUAUUUAUCCAGAACCAUCUCAGAGAAUUCUCCCCUCACACUUUCUGUGUUGAGGCCAGAUGGAGUUCAGGGGACCUAUAGAUGGCGCCUGAACCUAUCUCUUUUGAAACGGGCAGAAUUUCGUCAAUUUAUUAGAGAUCAAAUUACGUUUUUCUGUGAAACAAACUGUCCGUCCUCUCCCAAUAGUUUUGACCUCUGGGAUACAUUACAGGCCUUUCUUAGGGGUCAAAUCAUUUCCUAUACCAAAUGUCUUCAAAAUAAAUACACUGCUGAAUUUAAUUAGGAACUACCAAAAAUCUGCCUCUAAAGAAACAUGCUGCUCAUUGGUGAAUAAAAAACGGAAAUAUAAUACUUACAAAACUGAAAAGGCUAUUCUUAGAACUAGGCAAAGAUACUAUGAAUUGGGGGAGAAAAGUCACAAAGUCUUGGCCUGGCAGAUAAAAGCUAAGGAGAAUUCGAGAACCAUCAACUCUAUCGAAACUCAGAAUGGUCAAGUGUCUCCACCCUGAAGAGAUUAAUGAGUAAUUUAAACAAUACUAUUCAAAGUUAUACACUUCUGAAGGAACGGAACCAGCAAUGAUAGGCAAUUUCCUCUCUACAAUCCGGCAAAUCCCCAGGAGACGAUGGAUUUCCUAGAGUUCUAGAAGUUGAAGGAUUAGUUUACUCCUCUCUUGAUGUACGUUCUGAAUUUAGCUGCUGAGAAGCAGAGUUUUCCACAGCUAUUAUAACAGUUAUUCAUAAGAAAAAUAAAGAUCCUCUACAAUGCUCUUCUUAUAGGCCAAUCUAGCUCCUCAAUGCCGACUAUAAAUCGAUUUCUAAGGCGAUGGCUUAAUAGAUUGGGACUAUUUGCCAAACCUGAUCAACACCGAUCAAACAGGCUUUAUACAGAGAAGAUCCUCCACCAAUAAUUUGCACAGGUUAUUCAAUGUAAUUCACAUGGUCAGUGUGAUGGGCGAUCCUAGUACUGCAGUAUCUCUAGACAAAAAACCUUUGAUAGCUGGAGUGGCCAUACCUAUUCAAGGUCCUUGCUAAAUUUAACUUUCGUCCUUUGUUUGUCAACUGGGUUAAGACUUUAUACCAUAAACUGCAAGCCAAGAUCACCACUAAUGGCAUGAUGUCAGCUACUUCCCCACUGCUUUAGAGAUAGAGAUAGUAGGCAGGGCUGUUCACUUUCCCACUGCUUUAGAGAUAGUAGGCAGGGCUGUUCACUUUCCCACUGCUUUAGAGAUAGUAGGCAGGGCUGUUCACUUUCCCACUGCUUUAGAGAUAGUAGGCAGGGCUGUUCACUUUCCCACUGCUUUAGAGAUAGUAGGCAGGGCUGUUCACUUUCCCACUGCUUUAGAGAUAGUAGGCAGGGCUGUUCACUUUCCCACUGCUUUAGAGAUAGUAGGCAGGGCUGUUCACUUUCCCACUGCUUUAGAGAUAGUAGGCAGGGCUGUUCACUUUCCCACUGCUUUAGAGAUAGUAGGCAGGGCUGUUCACUUUCCCACUGCUUUAGAGAUGGUAGGCAGGGCUGUUCACUUUCCCACUCUUUAGAGAUAGUAGGCAGGGCUGUUCACUUUCCCACUCUUUAGAGAUAGUAGGCAGGGCUGUUCACUUUCCCACUCUUUAGAGAUAGUAGGCAGGGCUGUUCACUUUCCCACUCUUUAGAGAUAGUAGGCAGGGCUGUUCACUUUCCCACUGCUUUUUGUGCUAGCCAUAGAACCUUGGCGGAGGCCAGAAGAUCCUGGCAUAAAGGGCGUUCAGGGGGGCCAGAUAAGGCACAAGAUCUCAUUGUUGACAUAAUUGUGUUCCUCUCUGACCCGACCGGAUCCCGCUCAAAACUACAGACACUAAUGGGUACAUACAGCUGCAUAUCAGGCUACAACGUCAACAUGGACAAAAUGAUGUAAACACUUCCACUGACUCGCUUUGACUAUAGCACCUGUGAACAGACAGGUCCCUUCAGAUGGUCGCCACAGGGGUUCAAAUAUCUAAGAAUCACAGUUGAUAAUGACUUGAGAAAUUUGUACAAGCUUAACUACUGUCUUGGUUCAGAAGGUGGUGGAUGAUUUGAAUAGAUGGAUAGAGCUGCCUCUUACAUUAUUUGGGAGAAUUAAUUGUACUAAGAUGAACGUUCUGCCUAAAUUGAUGUAUCUAUUUCAAUCUUUACCCAUAUCCCCACCCGAGAGUUUCGUUAAGUCCCUUAACAAGACCAGAAGACAAUUUGGAACUUUGGAGUAUGGAACUGUAAAACUCCAAGGGUGAGCCUGGACAAAUUAACAUGGGAUUGUGGGCAGGACAAAUUUGAUUUAUUUCAUUCUUAUUUAAAGCUGAACCCGCAUCCUUUUGGACUCAGAUGGAAAUGUUUGAUCUUAAUGAAGAGGUUGGGAGUAAUAUUAUCUACAAGUGGAACGAACCCAAGACUAUAUCAACAAAAACAAGCAAUCCCUGUACCAUCAAUUUAGUAAGAUAUUGGCAUGAAAUUCGUAAGUUCUUUGGUCUGAAAGGAGACUUGUCACCUGAAAAACACCCCUGUGGCUAAACAGACUCCUUCCAAUGAUCUCGGAUAACAAUAUUUUUCACCAUCGGCAUGAGAAGGGAAUAACAUUUAGAACAUUGUUAUGAAGAUUGAGUCCUUUUGUAAUUUGAGCAAGUGAAAGAGAAAUACCAGUUAUCCAAUACGCAUUUCUUUUGUUAUUUACAGUUAAGAAACUUUCUCAGAAGCACUCUUGGAGAUAAUAUAAUUUUACCAAAUCUAUUAAGUAUUGACCAACUACUCCAUGAUGCAUGGCCCAUUUAGAUCCAUAUACAGAUUGUACUCAUUGCUAAUGAAACAAUGCCCACAAUCAGAUGUGCAUAAGUCAAGAGAGAUGGGAAGCUGAACUAAAUAUAUUAAGUGAUGAAGAGGCUAUGGUCAGACGUAUGCCAUGAGAGCAUAUCAGCAACCGUCAACUCUAGAUGCAGACAUUACAACUUCCUCCACAAACUCUAUCUCACCUCGGAGGCUACAGAAAUAUCAUGAAUGUGUUUUAGUUGUGGAACAACAGAAGGCACUUUUUUUUGCAUUCCACUUGACAGUGUACUCAUUUACAAGCCUUCUGGCAUAUUGUUUGUGAUACCCUGGCCUAAAUUAUGGAGGUCCCUUUCCCUUAUUAUGGAGGUCCCUUAUGUGGUCCUCUGUAGCUCAGCUGGUAGAGCACGGCGCUUGUAACGCCAAGGUAGUGGGUUCGAUCCCCGGGACCACCCAUACACAAAAAAAAAAAAUGUAUGCACGCACGACUGUAAGUCGCUUUGGAUAAAAGCGUCUGCUAAAUGGCAUAUUAUUAUUAUUAUUAUUAUAUUAUUAUAUUAUUAUUAUUAUUAUUAUUAUUAUUAUUAUUAUUAUUAUUUCCCACUUGACCCUGAAAUGUGCCUUCUGGUUAACUUUACAAAUGUGAAUUUAAGGAAUAAUUUCAAUAUCAAAUUUACAGAAAUUGCCCUUGCCGCUGAGAGAAAAUGUGUUGCUUUGACAUUGAAGUCAGAUUCCCCUCUCUCAAUUACAAGAUGGCUCUCUGAAAUGAAUGUGUAUUCCUAUGGAGAAGAUUACUUAUUGAUUUAAGAAAUAAAUUCAACCAUUUUGUGAAAAUAUGGCAACCCUUCCUGGACUAUAUGGAAACACUUCCAUAGUGAUUGGUGGAUGUGGGCUUGUAGAUCGAUGUAAAUAGAUGUAAAUAUUGUCUCUCUGUAAUGUUCUGUAUUGUUUUGUAUUGUUUUUGUGUUGUUUUGUAUUGUUUUUGUUGUUUUGUAUUGAUUUGUAUUUGUUUUGUAUUGUUUUUGUUUUGUAUUUGUUUAUUUUUUAUUACUUGUUUUUCUUAGUGGAGGGGUGGGGAGGGGAGGGUUUAGUUGCCGUUUGUUCUGGUAUUUAUUUUGCUUAAUUGUUCUGUUUUUUUAAAACUCCAUAAACCCCUACCUGGCCACAGAGCAGUGGUUGAUGGGAGGAUAUGUUUUGGUCUCUGUGACCUUUCUGUGACUUCUGACCUGUAUGAGGACGAGGAGUUCAGCGCCAUCCUGUGUGCGUGCGUGUAUGAUCUCUGUGUGACCUCUGACCUGUGUGAGGACGAGGAGUUCCGAUCCAUCCUCUGUGUGUGUGUUCCCUGUGUGACCUCUAACCUCUGACCUUUAGACCUGUGUGAGGACGAGGAGUUCCGAGCCAUCCUCUGUGUGUGUGUUCCCUGUGUGACCUCUAACCUCUGACCUUUAGACCUGUGUGAGGACGAGGAGUUCCGAGUCAUCCUCUGUGUGUGUGUUCCCUGUGUGACCUCUAACCUCUGACCUUUAGACCUGUGUGAGGACGAGGAGUUCCGAGCCAUCCUGCUGGACCUGAAACACAAACACGACAUCAUCAUGAAGUCUCAGCUUAAACACAAGACCUCUUUGUGUAGGAGGACAUCCAGCGCAGGCAGCCGUGGGUAUGUACUGACCUCUACUGGACCGAGAGGAAACUGCAUGCAGACUUGUACGUUUUCUCCACCAUCUAGUACUACAGUAGUGUUUGUUCAACGUGGUCAUGGAGAGGGGCAAGGGAUGCUUUUGUUACAGCCCAGUCCUAACACAUGAUUCAACUAAUCCACUAAUAGCUGAAUGUUCUUAUAAAUCAGGUGUGUAAGUGCUGGGUUAGAAGUCAAAUGUAAAAAGAAACCCCGACUGACAGGAACACUGAAUGCCUCUCCUCCCUGCGUGUGCUUUAGGAAAGUGGUGCGGAGGGCAAGCCUGUCUGACAGACACAACCUUCGUGUGAAGGAGUAUGAGACUGAGGCCAUCGUGUGGAGAGGAGGGAGGGAAGGAGGGAGGGAAGGAGGGAGGGAAGAGAAAGAGGAGGAGGAGAAGAAGACGGACCAGGAGAACAGCCAUCCCAUCUAUACAACUGUUACUACGGUUAGUAUGGAUGAAUGUUUCUCCUAUCUCACGUGUGUAAAAACCCAUGUAGCUUAUCACUAUAUUAACUUCUGUGUAGAGACAGUAAUACCCACUAAAACUGUUAAAAAAUAAGCCCCAUGUUAAAAAGGACAUUACAAAGGCUCUCAAAGAAAAGAAAGUGGCCUUCAAAAACAAGGAUAGGGGGAGGUUAAGAGGAUGCCAUGCUGCGGGAGGGGAAAUGGGCCCACAGAGAGCAACUGGAGAAAGCCUUCACAGCAGCCAACCCCAGGCUAGCCUAUGGCCAGCAUGUCAGCACCCUGCAAAUCCCUCCACGUGGAGGACGAGUCCACAUUUGUGAAGGAACUGAACCUGUUCUACAAAAGAUUUGAUGUAUGACAACAUCGACCUCCCACUGUACCUAGACAGUGUAAACAGCCUUGUGCAAUGGUGUGACACGAACUCUCUGGUCCUGAAUGUCACAAAAACACAAGAGGUUAUCUUUGACCCCAGGUCAGUGGCUGACUUGAGCCAGGUCGUCAUUCACAGUGAACACAUCCAGCAGGUCGACUCCUAUAAAUACCUGGGAGUACAUGUUGACCAUGCCCUGAGAUGGAGUGUCAUGUGGACUAUGUGUGUGUUAAGGUGCAACAGUGCAUGUACUUUCUCUGCAGGCUGAGGUCUUUGGGCCAGUAACCAAAAGGUUGCUGGAUUGAAUCCCCGAGCUGACAAGGUAAACAUCUGUCAUUCUACCCCUGAGCAAGGAAGCCCCCCGCACCUCUCUGAUUCAGAGGGGUUGGGUUACAUGCGGAAGAUACAUUUCAGUUGAAUGCAUUCAGUUGUACAACUGACUAGUUAUCCCCCUUUCCCUUUCGGGGAAAGCUCGGAAAUACUGAACUUGUUCUUUGGGUCCACUAUCCAGAGUGUUCUGCAGUACUGCAUCACUGCUUGGUACAACAGUGUCACGGUACAGUCAAAAACCAGGGUGACAAGUCUGCUGAAAACUGCCUCCAAACUAAUUGACACACCCACCUACAAAACCUUUCUGGACAACUAACUAACAACUACCACACAAAUAGGCUGAAGAUGUCAAAGAAAACAGCUCCUGCUGUCCAUGAAACUCUACAGACUCCCCCUGUGCAAACUGGUCAGGUACAAAAACGAAUACACUAUAUGUACAAAAGUGUGUGGACACCCCUUCAAAUUAGUGGAUUAAGCUAUUUCAGCCACACCUGUUGCUGACAGGUGUAUAAAAUCGAGCACACAGCCAUGCAAUCUCCAUAGACAAACAUUGGCAGUAGAAUGGCCUUACUGAAGAGCUCAGUGACUUUCAACCUGGUACCGUCAUAGGAUGCCACCUUUCCAACAAGUCAGUUCGUCAAAUUUCUGCCCUACUAGAGCUGCCCUGGUCAACUGUAAGUGCUGUUAUUGUGAAGUGGAAAUGUCUAGGAGCAACAAAGGCUUAUCCACGAAGUAGUAGGCCACACAAGCUCACAGAACGGGACCGCCCAGUGCUGAAGCGCGUAAAAAUCAUCUGUCCUCGCUUGCAACACUCAUUACCGAGUUCCAAACUGCCUCUGGAAGCAACAUCAGCACAAUAACUGUUUGUCGGGAGCUUCAUGAAAUGGGUUUCCAUGGUCGAGCAGCCGCACACAAGCCUAAGAUCACCAUGCACAAUGCCAAGCAUCGACUGGAGUGGUGUAAAGCUUGGCGCCAUUGGACUCUGGAGCAGUGGAAACGCGUUUUCUGGAGUGAUGAAUCACACUUCACCAUCUGGGUUUGGCAGAUGCCAGGAGAACCAUACCUGCCCCAAUGCAUAGUGCCAACUGUAAAGUUUGGAUGAAUAAUGGUCUGGGGCUGUUUUUCAUGGUUCAGGCCCCUUAGUUCCAGUGAAGGGAAAUCUUAACGCUACAGUAUACAAUGACAUUCUAGAUGAUUCUGUGCUUCCAACUUUGUGGCAACAGUUUGGGGAAGGCCCUUUCCUGUUUCAGCAUGACAAUACCCGCAUGCACAAAGCAAGGUACAUACAGAAAUGGUUUGUCGAGAUCAUUGUGGAAGAACUUGACUGGCCUGCACAGAGCCCUGACCUCAACCCCACCGAACACCUCUGGGAUGAAUUGGAACGCCAAGAGCGAGUCAGGCCUAAUCGCCCAACAUCCGUGCCCUACCUCACUAAUGCUCUUGUGGCUGAAUGGAAGCAAGUCCCCACAGCAAUGUUCAAACAUCUAGCGGAAAGCCUUCCCAGAAGAGUGGAGGCUGUUAUAGCAGCAAAGGGGGGACCAACUCCAUAUUAAUGCCUAUGAUUUUGGAAUGAGAUGUUCGAUGAGCAGGUGUCCACAUACUUUUGGUCAUUCUACAUUUACAUUUUAGUCAUUUAGCAGACGCUCUUAUCCAGAGCGACUUACAGUUAGUGAGUGCAUACAUUUUCAUACUGGCCCCCCCGUGGGAAUCGAACCCAAAACCCUGGCGUUGCAAACGCCAUGCUACACGGGACUACAUGUAGUGUAUGUGCCACAUGAACAAAUCAGGAGGACAAUAGGAACAUAGGGAUGGACUCACUCAUUUGGGAACGGGCUAUAGUGAAAGUGAUAAGUGAAAUAUAACUAAUUGUGAAAAAUAAUAAUGGACAUUGAAAUGAUAGAGUUGUGUAAUAACAUUAUGUGCAAAGCUCAGGGACCUUGGACAUUAAGGGGAUGUGUAACACUGAGUAUAGGAGGGACAGCUACAGUGGGGGAAAAAAAUGAUUUAGUCAGCCACCAAUUGUGCAAGUUCUCCCACUUAAAAAGAUGAGAGAGGCCUGUAAUUUUCAUCAUAGGUACACGUCAAAAUCACAUUGUAGGAUUUUUAAUGAAUUUAUUUGCAAAUUAUGGUGGAAAAUAAGUAUUUGGUCAAUAACAAAAGUUUCUCAAUACUUUGUUAUAUACCCUUUGUUGGCAAUGACACAGGUCAAACGUUUUCUGUAAGUCUUCACAAGGUUUUCACACACUGUUGCUGGUAUUUUGGCCCAUUCCUCCAUGCAGAUCUCCUCUAGAGCAGUGAUGUUUUGGGGCUGUCGCUGGGCAACACAGACUUUCAACUCCCUCCAAAGAUUUUCUAUGGGGUUGAGAUCUGGAGACUGGCUAGGCCACUCCAGGACCUUGAAUUGCUUCUUACGAAGCCACUCCUUCGUUGCCCGGGCGGUGUGUUUGGGAUCAUUGUCAUGCUGAAAGACCCAGCCACGUUUCAUCUUCAAUGCCCUUGCUGAUGGAAGGAGGUUUUCACUCAAAAUCUCACGAUACAUGGCCCCAUUCAUUCUUUCCUUUACACGGAUCAGUCGUCCUGGUCCCUUUGCAGAAAAACAGCCCCAAAGCAUGAUGUUUCCACCCCCAUGCUUCACAGUAGGUAUGGUGUUCUUUGGAUGCAACUCAGCAUUCUUUGUCCUCCAAACACAACGAGUUUAGUUUUUAUCAAAAAGUUAUAUUUUGGUUUCAUCUGACCAUAUGACAUUCUCCCAAUCCUCUUCUGGAUCAUCCAAAUGGACUCUAGCAAACUUCAGACGGGCCUGGACAUGUACUGGCUUAAGCAGGGGAACACGUCUGGCACUGCAGGAUUUGAGUCCCUGGCGGCGUAGUGUGUUACUUGAUGGUAGGCUUUGUUACUUUGGUCCCAGCUCUCUGCAGGUCAUUCACUAGGUCCCUCCGUGUGGUUCUGGGAUUUUUUCUCACCGUUCUUGUGAUCAUUUUGACCCCACGGGGUGAGAUCUUGCGUGGAGCCCCAGAUCGAGGGAGAUUAUCAGUGGUCUUGUAUGUCUUCCAUUUCCUAAUAAUUGCUCCCACAGUUGAUUUCUUCAAACCAAGCUGCUUACCUAUUGCAGAUUCAGUCUUCCCAGCCUGGUGCAGGUCUACAAUUUUGUUUCUGGUGUCCUUUGACAGCUCUUUGGUCUUGGCCAUAGUGGAGUUUGGAGUGUGACUGUUUGAGGUUGUGGACAGGUGUCUUUUAUACUGAUAACAAGUUCAAACAGGUGCCAUUAAUACAGGUAACGAGUGGAGGACAGAGGAGCCUCUUAAAGAAGGUCUGUGAGAGCCAGAAAUCUUGCUUGUUUGUAGGUGACAAAAUACUUAUUUUCCACCAUAAUUUGCAAAUAAAUUCAUAAAAAAUCCUACAAUGUGAUUUUCUGGAGAAAAAAAUUCUCAAUUUGUCUGUCAUAGUUGACGUGUACCUAUGAUGAAAAUUACAGGCCUCUCUCAUCUUUUUAAGUGGGAGAACUUGCACAAUUGGUGGCUGACUAAAUACUUUUUUCCCCACUGUAUGUAAUGUGGAAGGGAGGGCUCAGAGUCCUUAAACUGUCAUUCUUGUUUAGUUUUUUCAUGAAUGUGUAUGUUUGAUGUUGUGUCUAGCCUACGCCAUGUCUCUCUCCGUAUUGCAGUGCAUUUUCUUCUACGUAAAGCAAUUAUCUGUGAAAAUCAUACAAUAAAGAAAUAAACCACCAGCCUCUAGUCUAGUUAGCCAACUUGUCUUCUGUUUAGUUUGUGAAGGAAAUCAUAUUAAAGGUCUGUAAUAGUAAUUGGUAACAGCAGUUAGUAACAGUUGAUAACAGCAGUUAGUAACAGUUGAUAACAGCAGUUAGUAACAGUUGAUAACAGCAGUUAGUAACAGUUGAUAACAGCAGUUAGUAACAGUUGAUAACAGCAGUGAGUAACAGUUGAUAACAGCAGUUAGAAACGUUAGUAACAGUAGUUAGUAACAGUUGAUAACAGCAGUUAGUAACAGUUGAUAACAGCAGUGAGUAACAGUUGAUAACAGCAGUUAGUAACAGUUGAUAACAGCAGUUAGUAACAGUUGAUAACAGCAGUUAGUAACAGUUGAUAACAGCAGUUAGUAACAGUUGAUAACAGCAGUGAGUAACAGUUGAUAACAGCAGUUAGAAACGUUAGUAACAGUAGUUAGUAACAGUUGAUAACAGCAGUUAGUAACAGUUGAUAACAGCAGUGAGUAACAGUUGAUAACAGCAGUUAGUAACAGUUGAUAACAGCAGUUAGUAACAGUUGAUAACAGCAGUUAGUAACAGUUGAUAACAGCAGUGAGUAACAGUUGAUAACAGCAGUUAGUAACAGUUGAUAACAGCAGUGAGUAACAGUUGAUAACAGCAGUUAGUAACAGUUGAUAACAGCAGUUAGUAACAGUUAGUAACAGUAAUCUUAAUGUCCUCUGUCUCCCAGUUAGGAACAGUAAUCUUAAUGUCCUCUGUCUUCCAGUUAGUAACAGUAAUCUUAAUGUCCUCUGUCUUCCAGUUAGUAACAGUAAUCUUAAUGUCCUCUGUCUUCCAGUUAGUAACAGUAAUCUUAAUGUCCUCUGUCUUCCAGUUAGUAACAAUAAUCUUAAUGUCCUCUGUCUUCCAGUUAGUAACAGUAAUCUUAAUGUCCUCUGUUUCCCAGUUAGGAACAGUUAGUAACAGUAAUCUUAAUGUCCUCUGUUUCCCAGUUAGGAACAUUUAGUAACAGUAAUCUUAAUGUCCUCUGUCUCCCAGUUAGUAACAGUAAUCUUAAUGUCCUCUGUUUCCCAGUUAGGAACAUUUAGUAACAGUAAUCUUAAUGUCCUCUGUCUCCCAGUUAGUAACAGUAAUCUUAAUGUCCUCUGUCUCCCAGGUGAUUCCAGUGAAGCCAGUAGUGGAGAGGCCCAAACUACAGAAGAACCUGAAAGAUGCACCAAGCGGCAUCAUCAAACAAAAUGGCAUCAUCUCCACGACUACGUCCACGCCCACUCCCAGUCAGCUGCCGCCAACCAAUGGCGAGCCUCCAUCUCCUGACACGAAGAGCGCAUCAGCCGAUCAGCUCCCAGAGGACGACUCCUCCUUGCCAAGGGAGCGCGCUCAGACCCUGUCGGAACUGAAAAAGCAGAGGUCGGCCGCCAAGCUGCUCAAUCACCCACUCCUCAACGGUCACCUAGGAAACGGCUCCACAGAAUCCACCGAACCCCAGAGCCCUGUGGAUUCCCGCAUGCCCCUCGUCUCGUCCAAUGGCAGUGCAGUAUACUACACCCCGGCAAGCGGUGAUCCGCCCAUGCUCAAACUCAAACAGCCAAUAGAUGACGAGGAACCAAAGGGGGGCAGCUGCUGCUGUGUCUCCUAGGGAGGAGGUGGAGGUCACCCCAAG